ACUAUGAUGCAGCCUUUCAUUUCCUCUUACAACACAUACAGGAAGAAUGAAGCACAGUCUGUCAAGAUUGUGUCUGCCGAGAGUCAGAGGUGUUCAAUAUGAAGUUCUCUCUCUGGAGGCCAACUUUGCUGCUUUUCCUGGCUUUAUCUGUAGGAUGCGAGGCCAAAGUGACGACUGAGAUCCAGACUGGACCUCUGUAUCGUGUAGUUGGCUCUCGGCUCUCCAUGUUCUGCAAUGCCAGUGGCUUCUCCAACCCCAAUUCUGAAAAAGGUUUUGAAAUCCGCACGAAGCUAACUGGCAUCCCUGGAAGAGAGAUGAAUGUUAUUAGCUCCUCAGAUGAACAUUUUAGUUAUAAUCGUUUUAUGCGUCGCAUCGAGAGAAAUGAUAUUAACCUCAUACGCUCUGGUCCAUGCUCAAUCAUAUUUGAAAUAAAAAACUUACUCAAGGAGGAUGAUGGGGAAUAUGAAUGCACCGUACUAGAUCCAGGAAGUCCACUUAUUGGAUCCUACACUGCAAAAUCAGUUGUUAAAGUGAUUGACAACUCCUUAAGUGUUACAUCUAGCGACUCUCCUUCCUCAUUGAGUUUUACCGAAGGAGAAGCUCUCACUUUAACCUGCCAUGCCUCCACCAACACCAUCCAGCACGUCCAUCUGUCUCUCGGCUGGUAUCUCCGUAAAGAUGGGGCCGAAGAUGCUGAACCUAUCAUUUCUUUGGAUAAAGAUUUCCAGCUUACUCCUGGUCAGGGCUUUGAGCAACGCUACAGAAACAAAGCCAUCAGGUUAGAUAAAAUAGGGGAGGCCACAUACACGCUUAAGAUAGCUGAGCUGGAGCUGUCAGACCAGGGUAAAAUUUACUGCCAAGCCCAGGAGUGGAUUCAAGAUCCUGAUCGUUCCUGGUACAGGAUCGCUCAAAAGGAUGCAGAGGAAAUAUCUCUUACAGUCAAAGCUAAAGUGGUUACAGACACGUCAUCUUUGGAUGUGAGUCUUUCUGCACAGAACGCACUGCAGGAGGGGCAGGUACUUACACUGUCCUGCAGGAUCAACGCACAGAACCUCGCCACACGGCUCUUUUCUGUAGCAUGGGUGUGGAAAGAAUAUGAGCUGGCACGGAUUGGCCCUACAGGCAUUCUGACUGUGAGUGAGGAAUACAGUGACAGAGAGAGAGAUGGGGAAUUAAGAGUGACCCGGAUUGGGAACGGACACUACCAACUAAAAGUACAGCCUGUGAAAACUACAGAUGGAGGGAGUUAUAUCUGCAGGGCAUGGUCGGAAGAGAGGAGUGAGGACGGAAACUUUCAACAAGGAGCAGCUCAGAACUCCCAACCACUGGAUAUCACAAUCUCAACUCCAGAAAGUGGGCUUUUAGUCAAAAUGCAAAACUUGAAGCAAAAAGUUUCCGAAGGAGAGAAACUGAGCCUCAUCUGUAAGGUGGAGGGGAUCAAAGGCCGGCUCUCUGUCUCCUGGCAACGCAAGCUCAUGCAGACGCAGUCCCCUUUAUUCACCACCAUCAUUAGUCUGAGUCAGAAUGGUGUCAUAGAAAAAACAGAAGCUUUUGUGACUCGUAAGGUGAGAGUGACACGUCCAGCAACACAAAGCUUUGUCUUUGAGAUGGAUGAAGCGAGACCGUUGGAUUCAGGUAUCUACGAGUGUGUUGUCACUGAAACGCAAACCAACGGCAAAACUCAAAGCCACUCUCAACGUGCCAAUGUGACUGUGACUCCUAUUGAGACCCUGGUCAAAGCGUCACUGAAGAGUCGAGAACCCACCGUGACUGUAGGAAAGAACUUAGAUUUAAUGUGCAAGGUUUUUGAAAUUCCAAGUAUGCCAAUUACUCUGACUUGGAGUCAACAGACAGAUGACUCUAACUUAAAUACCAUCCUGGUUUUGUCAAAUGGUUCCAUCAGCUGGUCCGGAAACCAGCACCGUUACCAAGUGGAGGUGAACAAACAAAGGGACUCUGUCAUGUACUAUCUUAAAAUCCUUGGUGCAAGCCACAAGGAGGCAGGAACUUACCAGUGUAGGGUGUCAGUUUUCCUGGAUAAUGUAUACAAAAAGCUUCUUCCAUCCAACCCCCUGAAGGUGCAAGUCAAUAAUCCAGAAAGCAAGCUUGCCCUAUCAUCUAAGCCAACCAUUAUGCAACGCAUCAACACUGAUAUACAAAUUGUUUGUAAAGUUACCUCAGCAACAUCUCAGUCUUCUCUAUAUGCCGUCACCUGGGACCUCCAACAAGAAACUGGAAGUAAAAGAAUUUUGAGCUCAGAUCAAAAUGCUCUCGUUACUUUUGGGCCAGAGAUUGAGGAGAGUCACCAGCAACGCAUCAGCAUGGGCCGCACUUCGGGCCCUAACUUUGAGCUAACUAUCAGACAAGCCAGAAUGUCAGACAAAGGAGUUUAUGUGUGCAACGUGGCUGAGUAUCUACAAAAUCCACUGGGAGAGUGCUAUUUACUCUCAGAAAAAAAUUCAAACACAACCCUAGACGUUACUGAGCCUGAAGCACAAUUGUCCAUUCAAAACAUAGAGACAGUGAAGAAUAUAAGCAUUGCAGAGGAAUUUUCCAUUCCCUGCCAUAUCACCCAACAAUCCAGCAAUGACUCCCAGUUCCAGGUCAAAUGGUUUUGGCAGAGAGGCACUGAAGCUACACCCAUGUUUACAGCUUACAGAAAUUCAACCUUACAAGUCGGCGUUGAGGAUGUUGCUGUGAUGUAUGGCCACCCCCUACCUGGUCAAUUCAACCUUAAAGUUUCAAAUACUAAGCCUAGAAACAGUGGCUUGUAUUUCUGUGAAGUAGAAGAGUGGGUUUACUCUCUUGCUUAUGGGUGGAGAAAACUUGCAGUGGAAAGGUCUGGUAAAAUGAACAUAACUGUUGGUGCUGAAGGGGAUGCCAAAGCUCUGGCUGGUUCAGAAUGCAUGGCUAAUACUUGGAUAGCAAUAUUUGCAGUAACUGUCAUCAUCUUGCUCUGCAUCAUAACAAUUCUUCUGGUAAAAAUCUGCAAGUCAGGGAAGAAGUCAGAUCCAUCUCUCUGGCCGGAAAGGCACGCGCUAAAACCUGGACCAGAAUACUGAAAGACUGAAACUAGAAGGACCAGCAGGAAAAGUUAAAAAAAA